AUGCACUGAUUGUAAAGGAGCUCUUUCUGGUGGUGAUGGAAGUAUUCUCUGUCUUGUUUAGGGGUGGUAGGGACCCAUGAAUUGAGUUGUCAACACUCGUAGAAACUCUAAAGAUCUGUGCAUUGUAUCGUGUGUAAAUUGAACGUCAAUUAACAAAUCAGAACAUAAUCCUGCGAGCAUAGAAGUCACUACGUGCGAUUGCGUAAUUGCAUACAUAAAUGCGGAUUAAAUGCAACUAUAAAGAUGGGUAUUUAUAGCAACUAGGCGCUAUUCCUUGGGGUUAUUUAUGCAAGCUCCGCGAAGCCGGGAAAGGGAAAGAAAAGGCUGCUGACAUCACUCUGGGCGGGGCCGAAAGCUCUAAGAAAAGUCAGUGGCGCUGGAGCCGCCGCCGCUGCCAUGCACAACCUCACCAUGAGCCGCCACAACGGCUCCGAGCUCCACAUCCUAUGUAGCUCUGGCCAUCUGUUCCUGCAGCCCCUCUGGGACCGCCUGAGGACCUGGGAAGCCCUCAUCCAGUCGCCUUUCUUCCCCGUCGUCUUCUCCAUCACCACCUACGUGGGCUUCUGCCUCCCCUUCGUGGUGCUGGACAUCAUCUGCCCCUGGGUGCCGGCGCUGCGGCGCUACAAGAUCCACCCGGACUUCUCGCCGUCAGUGCGGCAGCUGCUGCCCUGCCUGGGGCUGACACUCUACCACCACGUGGUGUUCAUUUUCCCCAUGACGCUGCUGCACUGGGUGGCCAGCCGGGCCCCGCUGCCCCCCGAAGCCCCCGAGCUGCUGCAGGUGGCGCGCCACGUCGUGUUCUGCCUGCUCCUCUUCGAUGCUGAGUUCUUCGUAUGGCAUGUGCUGCACCACAAAGUGCCCUGGCUGUACCGGUCCUUCCACAAGAUGCACCACCAGAACUCAUCUUCAUUCGCACUGGCCACGCAGUACGUGAGUGUCUGGGAGCUGUUUUCCUUGGGUUUCUUUGACAUGGUGAACGUCUUGCUGCUCCGGUGCCACCCGCUGACUGUCCUCAUCUUCCACGUGGUCAACAUCUGGCUGUCAGUGGAGGACCACUCCGGCUACGACUUCCCCUGGUCCACACACAGACUGGUACCUUUCGGGUGGUAUGGGGGCGUGGCGCACCACGACAUGCAUCACUCUCAGUUUAACUGCAACUUCGCCCCUUACUUCACACACUGGGACAGAAUCCUGGGAACGCUGCAGUCUGCUCAUGCCAAGUAAUGUGCACCCCUCCCCACAGAGUAUGUGGCGGUGGUGAGCAGUGGGUGCACCUCAGACCUUGUACAUUUCACACUUGAAUCAAGAGAGACACACUUGACUUUGUUUCGUCAGUAACUUAUUAUCUGAUGGAAACUUAUAGGUAAAAUCUGCUGUAUUUUUAUACAGUCUAAUAAAAUAAUUUAUAUAAUGUUUGUAUAUCAACGACUUUGUUCUUAAU